AUGACGAGGACGCUCCGGACGACCAGGAACAUUGACGAGGACGCUCCGGACGGCCAGGAACAUGAGGACGCUCCGGACGACCAGGAACAUGACGAGGACGCUCCGGACGACCAGGAACAUGACGAGGACGCUCUGGACGACCAGGAACAUGACGAGGACACUCCGGACGACCAGGAACAUGACGAGGACACUCCGGACGGUCAGGAACAUGACGAGGACGCUCUGGACGACCAGGAACAUGACGAGGACACUCCGGACGACCAGGAACAUGACGAGGACACUCCGGACGGUCAGGAACAUGACGAGGACGCUCUGGACGACCAGGAACAUGACGAGGACACUCCGGACGACCAGGAACAUGACGAGGACACUCCGGACGGUCAGGAACACUGUCAGAAGAAUGAUACACCGGCAUAA